AGCGGUGCUGCGGAACACCAGUAUUGAAGGCUUGGCUUUGUUGUCAUAAAUGACGGGGAAGAAGACGAUGGCUUUCUCUCACCGGAAAUCGCUUUCCUCUUUCCGUCUUCUCUCUCUUUCAAUCCUCUUGUUCUUACAGAUCUCCACAUUUGCUUCUUUAUUACCAUCAGAGAAUGGUGAUGCUCAAUUUCUUUCUACUUCCAGUGGGGAUAGGCAUUCUGAAGAAUACUGUGCAAUGUAUGAUAUUUGUGGAGAACGAAGUGACGGCAAAGUUUUGAACUGUCCUUAUGGUUCCCCAUCUGUGAGGCCUGAUAAGUUGUUUUCCGAGAGAGUCCAAAGCUUGUGUCCAACAAUAAGCGGAAAUGUUUGUUGUACAAAGGCUCAAUUUGAGACAUUGCGUGCACAAGUUCAACAAGCAGUUCCUUUCCUUGUAGGCUGCCCAGCAUGCUUGAGGAACUUUCUAAAUCUUUUCUGUGAGAUGUCAUGUUCCCCAAAUCAGAGUUUAUUCAUCAAUGUGACUUCCAGUUCCAAGGGGAGCGGCAACCUGACUGUUGAUGGCAUUGACUUUUUUGUAACUGAUACUUUUGGAGAAGGGUUAUACAACUCCUGCAAAGAUGUAAAGUUUGGAACCAUGAAUACAAGGGCGUUAGAAUUUGUUGGUGCAGGCGCUCAAACUUUUAGAGAAUGGUUUGCAUUUAUUGGUCAGCAAGCAGAUCUUGGUUUGCCUGGGUCACCUUAUGCCAUUACCUUUCGGUCAAGGCCUCCUGAAGCAUCCAGCAUGGAGCUCAUGAACGUAUCUGUUUAUUCUUGUGGUGACACUUCAUUGGGAUGCUCUUGUGGGGAUUGCCCUGCGUCUCCUGUGUGCUCAGACUUAGAACCCCCUUCCCCCCACGAAAAGGAUCCAUGCUCCAUCAGUAUCGGGUCUCUUAAGGUCAAAUGUGUAGAGUUUUCAUUGGCAAUCUUUUACAUUAUUUUGGUAUCUGCACUUUUUGGAUGGGCUUUGUUUCAUCGGAGGCGAGAAAGGAGGAUAUCUUCAUCUAGCAUGACACCAUUAUUGAAUUAUGCAGAUGAAGGUGAAAUCAACAAUGGUCAUGUGCGAAAGGAUGAGAUGAAGGUGCAUGAGGGGGUCUCUCAAGUGACAAGUGAAGUUCAACUUUCUCUUCUUCAAGGUUACAUGGCUAGUUUUUUCAGGAAAUAUGGAACGUGGGUUGCUAGGCAUCCUUGUCUUGUGUUGUGUUCAUCGUUGGUGGUUGUUCUUAUACUGUGUCUUGGUCUCAUCCGUUUUGAGGUGGAGACACGGCCUGAGAAGCUGUGGGUAGGUCAUGGGAGUAGGGCAGCAGAAGAGAAGCACUUCUUUGACAGCCACCUAGCUCCUUUUUACAGAAUUGAACAGCUCAUAAUAGCAACAACACCGGACUUGGACCAUGGGAAAUCGAGUAGUAUUGUGACAGAGAAUAAUAUCCAGUUACUCUUUGAUAUCCAAGAGAAGGUCAAUGGAAUCCGUGCAAAUUAUUCGGGCAGUCCGGUAUCUCUGACUGAUAUUUGCUUGAAGCCUCUAGGCGAAGAUUGCGCCACUCAAAUUGUCUUACAGUAUUUCAAAAUGGAUCCUGAUAAUUUUGAUGAUUAUGGGGGAGUUGCACAUGCUGAAUACUGUUUUCAGCAUUACACUUCCUCAGACACAUGUAUGAGUGCUUUUAAGGCCCCCCUGGACCCAAGCACUGUGCUUGGGGGAUUUUCAGGGACUAACUACUCUGAGGCUUCUGCAUUUAUCGUAACCUACCCUGUAAACAAUGCAUUUGAUGAAGGGCACAAUGAGAAUGGGAAAGCAGUGGCUUGGGAGAAGGCUUUCAUACAGUUAGUGAAGGAGCAGCUGUUGCCAAUGGUGCAGUCUAGCAAUCUCACUCUUGCAUUUUCAUCUGAGAGCUCAAUUGAGGAAGAAUUGAAAAGAGAAAGCACGGCAGAUGUUGUGACAAUACUGAUAAGCUACCUUGUUAUGUUCGCUUAUAUAUCAGUGACCUUGGGAGAUGUACCACGUUUGUCUACGUUCUACAUUUCAACCAAGGUGUUACUUGGGCUUUCGGGAGUUGUGAUUGUUGUUCUUUCUGUCCUGGGAUCUGUCGGAUUUUUUAGUGCCAUUGGCGUGAAAUCCACACUCAUCAUUAUUGAAGUCAUCCCCUUCCUGGUUUUGGCAGUAGGAGUGGAUAACAUGUGUAUAUUAGUGCAUGCCGUGAAACGACAACCAAAGGAGCUGGGUUUAGAAGGCCAAAUAAGUAAUGCUCUCGUAGAAGUUGGUCCUUCGAUAACACUCGCUAGUUUAUCUGAGGUUCUGGCAUUUGCAGUUGGAGGCUUUAUUUCUAUGCCAGCAUGCCGUAUCUUCUCCAUGUUUGCUGCUUUGGCUGUUCUAUUGGACUUCCUUCUGCAAGUUACUGCUUUCGUUGCAUUGAUAGUUUUUGACCUCUUGAGAGCUGAGGAUAACAGGGUCGACUGUUUUCCAUGCCUAAAAAUUCCACCAUCUUCUGUGGAAUCCGAUGAAGGAAAUCAGAAGAGGCCUGGACUGGUGGAACGAUAUAUGGAGGAAGUUCAUGCCCGUGUCCUUGGCCUCUGGGGUGUCAAAGUUGUUGUUAUUGCUGUCUUUGCUGGAUUUGCUUUAGCAAGCAUUGCGUUAUGCACAAGGAUUGAACCUGGAUUGGAGCAGCAGAUUGCUCUUCCUCGAGACUCCUAUCUUCAGGGGUAUUUCAAUAAUGUGUCAGAGUACCUGAGAGUAGGACCGCCAGUAUAUUUUGUUGUUAAGGACUACAAUUAUAGCUCGGAAUCAAGCCAUACGAAUCAGUUAUGUUCCAUCAGCCAGUGUGAGUCAAACUCCCUUUUGAACGAGAUUUCAAGGGCAUCUUCCAUACCAGAAUCAACAUACAUUGCCAAGCCAGCUGCCUCAUGGCUUGAUGACUUUCUCGUAUGGUUAUCACCUGAGGCCUUUGGCUGCUGUCGAAAAUUUUUAGAUGGUAGCUACUGUCCCCCUGAUGACCAGCCUCCUUGCUGUUCACCAGAUGAAGGUUCUUGCGACUUGGAGGGAGUAUGCAAGGAUUGUACAACUUGUUUCCUUCACUCCGAUUUGGAUAGCGGCCGUCCAUCUACAGCACAAUUCAGAGAGAAGUUGCCAUGGUUCCUCAACGCGCUGCCCUCUGCUGACUGUGCAAAGGGUGGCCAUGGGGCUUACACAAGCAGUGUGGAUCUGAACGGUUACGAGAGUGGUGUUAUACAUGCGUCUGAGUUUCGAACGUAUCAUACGCCACUAAGGAAACAAAGCGACUUUGUUAAUUCAUUGCGUGCUGCACGAGAGUUCAGUUCCAGAGUUUCUGGUUCUUUGAAGAUGCAAAUCUUUCCCUAUUCGGUGUUCUAUAUUUUCUUUGAACAAUAUCUGAACAUAUGGGAGACAGCUGUGAUCGACAUUGCUAUAGCACUUGGCGCUGUAUUUGUUGUUUGCCUAGUAAUCACCUCCAGUUUAUGGAGUUCAGCAAUAAUUGUUCUUGUCCUGGCCAUGAUUGUUGUGGACCUUAUGGGUGUAAUGGCAAUUCUGGGUAUCCAACUCAAUGCUGUCUCUGUCGUGAACCUCAUAAUGUCUAUUGGGAUAGCUGUUGAGUUCUGUGUGCACAUAUCGCAUGCCUUCUCUGUAAGCAUUGGAGAUAGGAGUCAACGAGCAAAGGAGGCUCUGCGGACCAUGGGAUCUUCUGUCUUCAGUGGAAUUACGCUGACAAAGCUAGUUGGAGUCAUCGUCCUUUGCUUCGCAAAAUCAGAAUUAUUUGUGGUUUAUUACUUUCAAAUGUACCUGGCAUUGGUUCUUAUUGGAUUCUUACAUGGGCUUGUGUUUUUGCCUGUGGUGUUGAGUAUGUUUGGUCCACCGUCAAUAUGUGUACCCAUUGAGGAGCAAGAACUUGAGACUUCCACUUUAUCACACUUACCAAGCUAAUUGACCAAAAACAUCCAGCGCAGUGGUUGAGCUGUUGGGAAGUGGGGUGACCUUAUUAAGUGAAGAUAAACUAAGAAAUUAAAGCAAAAGGAUGAGACGGUGGGAGAAAGCUCAACCUAAUUCAGCUGCAGACCUACCACUUUUGGUCUAUUACACUAUAUGUUUCACUUGUUUGCUGUUUGUACAAGGGGUUCGAGGAUCAAAUGACUGGUCAUGUACCUUUGUCUUUCUAUUUUAUGAAUCAUCCAAGGAAAUCUUGUGAUUGCUAUCUUAACUUAUCGUCAAUGGGUUAAAAUACUUGACUGAUUAGCAUACUGUAGGAAAAUUUACCUAUUCA